UUCAUGGCAUAAACAUAUUUCGUAAAUGCUUUCGAUUUUCGAUCGCCAUAUUGUGUUGUUGUGAAGACGUACGUUCGGUACUAGUGAAAAACACCAAGACGGACGUUUGAAGCGGCAGAAAGGAAGGUCAAAAUGGAUAUGACUGUUUACUUAAAUGCUCCUUUAAAUUUGGACAAAAUUUGCAGGGCUUGUUUGUCCGAAAAAGGCGACAUGAAGCCCCUAUUUGGAGCCUGUCUUGACGAAAUGUUACAUUCUUUCGCUUCCGUAGAGAUUGCAGAAGGUGAUGGAUUACCGCACCUCAUGUGCGUACAAUGCGUUCUUCAAUGCAGCCGAGCUUAUACAUUUAAACAGCAAUGUGAAAAAUCGGAUAAAAUUCUUCGCCAAUACAUGAGCUCUGAAUUUCAGACGCAGUUGUUGCGACAUAUUGAACAACAGACUGUGAAAAAAAGUCUCGAAGAACAACUUCAAUUUCAAAACGUUUCCAAUGUAGUCAUAGAAGAAACAUCCCAAGAUGGAUUCACUGCUGAGUUUGUAACCUACGCUGAUGACGAUUCCGUCGAGGUGAAAGAUUUAAAAGGCGGACUCUACACGAUUCAUACGAUUGAAUCCACCGAUCACGAAGGCGAAGAAGAGGAUGAUGAAGUCUUUAAAGAUUGCAAGGCUGAAGAAAAUAUUGUUACCAUUACUACAGAUCUAAAUAACGGCGGUGAUAAGAAACUGAAAUAUCAUUGCACAAAAUGUGAUAUAUACUUUCCGCUGAAGGUCGAUUUAAAGGUUCACAUGAUGUCCCACCCGAAGGACCUAAACUUCGUGUGCGAAGUGUGCAACAAAGCGUUCGCGGAGGCGCGUAUUCUCAAGCGCCAUUCGAAAAUUCACCUCGAACAUAAGCCUCACCAAUGCGACCAGUGCGAGAUGACGUUUGCCGAGAGUUCUAACCUCAGCAAGCACAAAAAGAAGCACACCGGAGAAUUACGGAACAUCAAAGGGAAGCCGCAUUUGUGUUCGGUGUGCGGGCGAGCGUUCAAAUGGGCCUCCAGCCUACACAAACACAUGAAGUAUCACACGGGGCACAAGCUUUUAACGUGCGAGUAUUGCAGCAAGCAAUACGUCGAAGCGAGAAGUCUGAGAAUCCACUUGAGGUCGCACACUGGCGAAAGGCCUUACGUAUGCGAAGUGUGUCAAAAGAGUUUCACCCAACUGUGCAAUCUCGAAAAACAUAUUAGGGUUCACACAGGAGAGAAACCCUACCUGUGCCCAGUAUGCAACAAAGGUUUCACCCAAUCGGGUUAUGUCGGUAUCCAUAUGCGCACGCACACGGGUGCUCGUCCUUACGUAUGUCAGACGUGUGGCAAAGCCUUCGCUGGCUCGAACACCCUCACCAUACACCAAAGGACCCACACUGGAGAAAAGCCGUACACCUGCGAAAUGUGCCAGAAGAGUUUCAGUAGACACGAGACGUUGAUCAUACACGUGAGAUCGCAUACGGGCGACAAACCGCACGUUUGCAACGUGUGCAGCAAGGCGUUCACCUCGUCGGGCCAGUUGUCGGGACACAUGAAGACUCACACGGGCGAGAAGCCCUACUCGUGCGAGACUUGCGGAAAACGAUUUUCCGCAUCCAACAGCCUCAAGGCGCAUCUAAAAUCGCAUAUGAACGACAAACAACAGCACCUCAGUUGCAAAGUGUGCGGGAAAUCCUUCUCGGAUUUAGACAGUUUGAGCCAGCAUGUCAUUAAUCACACCACCACUUUCGAGCACGCUACAAUCGAGCUCAAAGACGAAGAUUUGGCGAACAUGGAGACGGUACACGUAAUUACCGCUGAUAAUCAAACCAUCCAAGUUCAGGCGAUCUCUCAGAUAUAAGUUUCGAUUUUGUACCAGUGACACGGAGUACAUAUUGUUAAUGUUAUUUUUCAUCAAUACAUUUAUUUGUUAUUU